GAACUGCCUAAGAUCAUCUCCAGUGAUAACACAAGGUCAAUGCAUAAUAUAGCUGAUCAUACUUGUACCUAAUGUUGAUUGUUCACCACAUUAUCUUUAUAGGUAUAAUACAGUUUUAAAUAACCAUGGUGCGUUUAUCUUUACCGUGUAGUUUUCUAAAAAUUUUAGGAAAAGGGAAAGAGAUGAGAACUUGGAAUAAGGAUAUGCCAACUGCUGUGAAAAUUGUGGAAGUCGGUCCAAGAGAUGGUUUACAGAAUGAACCAGUUAACUUACCAACAGAAGUAAAAAUCGAUUUUAUAAACAAAUUAUCAGAAACGGGAUUAAGGGCCAUUGAAGUGACUAGCUUCGUUAGUCCGAAGUGGAUUCCACAGAUGGCGGAUAAUACCAAAGUAUACACAGGAAUUUUAAAAAAAGAUAAUAUCAGUUACCCUGUCUUAGUACCUAAUGUCGUUGGACUCGAAUCAGCACUAAAGGCAGGUGUUAAGGAAAUAGCAGUAUUUGCAUCGGCUUCCGAGUCCUUCUCAAGAAAAAAUACCAACUGUUCAGCACAGGAGGGUAUAGACCGGAUAAAAAAAAUUGUUGAUGUGGCAAAAAAACAUAAUUUGAAAAUCAGGGGUUACAUAUCGUGUGUGGUGGGUUGCCCUUACGAUGGUUUCAUAAAGCCUUUGGCUGUAACUAAAGCGGUGAAUGCCUUGCUCGAGCUAGGCUGUUACGAAAUAUCUUUGGGGGACACUAUAGGAGUUGGCACAAAAAAAACUAUUUACAACAUGAUACAGGAUAUUUUGAAUACUACAGAACCGAAAAAUUUGGCUAUUCAUUGCCACGACACUUACGGGCAAGCCCUUACGAAUAUUUGUACCGCCCUUGAGUUAGGUGUAUCUGUGAUUGAUUCUUCGGUUUCUGGUUUAGGUGGAUGUCCAUACGCAAAAGGGGCUACCGGAAACGUGGCUACAGAAGAUUUGGUUUAUAUGCUUCAUGGUUUGGAAGUGAAUACUGGGGUAGAUUUGAAAAAACUAAUUGCGGUUGGAAAUUUCAUUUCAACUGCUAUUAACCGACCAACAGCUUCUAAAGUGAAUGCAGCUUUAUAUUCUAGAUAUUUUUCGUGACAUACCUAUCAAUUCUGAAUAAAGAAUUUAUCAA